UCAGCGGUAAUAUGUUGCACCACAACAUUGAAACAGAGCUCGAAACAGUUCUUGGAAGUUUUCAUUAUUUUCUCUUGAUUUUUAUAAACACUGGACACAUUUUAUCUAAUUAAUGGCUAAAGGAAACUCAGUAAAGAGCAAAGGACAGAAAAAAGAGGAUUUAGAAAGGAAAAGAGACGAAAGAGCGCGGCGAAGAGUCGUAAAGAAAGAACGAGAAAUCAAAGAAUAUUUAGAAAACGAUGAAAACUUUGUUAGUUUUAAGAACCAACUUGAAGCAAUUGGAUUAAAGAUAAAAGAUAUUCUUGGCGAUGGGAAUUGCCUAUUCAGAGCAUUAGGGGAYCAGCURAAUGGAGACCACACUGCACAUGCCUACCACAGAMGAAAUACAAUCCAAUAUAUGAAGGAACAUCGCGAGGACUUUGAACCUUUCAUGGAGGAUGGCAUAUCAUUUGAAAAACACUUAAAAGAAUUAUCCAAGCUGGGCACGUAUGGUGGAAAUGACUCAAUAGUCGCCUUCGCACGUAAUAAUGGUCUCGAUGUCGUCAUCCAUCAAUUAAAUAAUCCACGGUGGGUUAUACACGGCAGCGAAUACUCAAAAACACCAGAAAUCAUUGAACUGCACUUAGCUUAUCACAAUGGAGAACAUUAUUCAUCUGUAAGGAAGUUAUCAGAUCCCGGUGAUGGACCAGCAUGGCAGUAUGAUAGAAAGAACAUAGCACAACCAAUGCACAAUAAAGAGACUGCAGCAAAAUCAAAUAAUAAAUCUAAAAAGAAAAAAGAAGCAAAGAAAAAAGACAAAGCGCCACAACAGCAAGGAGCUACAGCUUCGUCCCCUGCUGAGAACUGUGAGGGACUGGAACAAAUUAUAAUAAAUGCAACAGGUUGCAAGGAUUUGAAGCUUAUCGCUGAGACACUCGAGGAAAACAACUUUGACGUGGAUGCGUCCAUUGGUUAUGUAUUACAGUUGAUGAGUGUUAUGGAAGACCAAGAUUAUUCGCAUUCAAGCAAUACCUCAUUAAAUUCGUCCACUAAUGUUGGAACCACAGAAGUCGAAGAACAUCAUUCGUCUUUAUCAGAAAUUGACACAGACACCGUUAAAAAUGUUGAAAAUAUUACAGAUAAUAAUGACUCAAUAGUAUCAACUGAACCAAUCUGCAAUGGCGAYGAAAAAGACACGAAUGCUUUAAAUGAAUUUGUAGAUAAUUUACGUGACAAUUUAACAGUAGUUGAAGCAGACUCAGAGAAAAGUAGAAAUAAAAUGGUAAAACAAGGAGCAAGACCUAAAGAAAAUACAAAAAAGAACUCUUCCAAAGCAGCUCCUCACUUGUCGAACAGACAGAGAAAGGAACUAGCAAAACAAGAGAAGAAAAAGCGCAGAGAAGAAAGGAGAAAAGAGGACGAGCACACUGAAGAUGGUAGCAGUUUCAAUAUUAAAGAUAAUGAUAGUUCGAGUUCACUUAUAGCUGAUCUUGGUGCAGUUUGUAUUUGAAUAAAAAAUGCUGAAAUUUUAAACGUCAAAAUAGUGGUAUUUUUAUUCAGGCCAUUCUGAAUUUUUUGCCAGAAG